GUCCUAUGCGCGCUUAGUGCUCCCUCUUCUUCUUGUCGCUCCUUUGCAUUGCGCUUUCUUUGCUUGCCUGCUUGCUUGCAUGACUCCGGCGUUGGGCUUUGGGAGUCUUUGGCGAGCCUCGCGAUCUUAACAGGAGCUACCUACAGCCAACGAACGCCUAAUAAUCCGCCUGCCUUUACCUGCAGCUGCUGCGUUCGGAGCACGACACCAACUAAAAAGUGCAACAAGACAAGACUGCAAUCAUGGCAGACAACAAGCGUCAGAGCAUCGCCGGCAAGAUUGCGACGCCUAAGCUGGGUCCUUCCAAGGACGUGACCGAUGCUGAUUCCAACUUGUACAAAGCCGUUGGAGCCCGCAUCAAAAUCACAUGCGCUCCCCAUAACAAUGUCCUCGAGGGCACCCUUUUCACCACAUGCAGUAUCACAAAUGCUAUUGCCAUCAAUACUGCACCCGCCCCGCCGAACCCCUCUGCGUCUCUCUCCAGCCAGCCUGGUAAUUACCACAUCAUCCCUUUUGCCCACAUUCUAAGCUUCGAGCUCAUCGGAGCGGGAGAGCGGGUUGCGGAAGCCGGACCUGGCUUUGACGGUGCUCUUCCCAGCAUCGCCAAGGUUGACGUGGACGCGAUCAGAGCGAGAGAAGAGCAAACUAUUCGUGAGAUGAAAAAGAAGGAUGCGCAGAAGGGCAAAGGAGUCACUAAGGAGGCUCAGGAGAUUUUCGAUGCCAUUGCCAGGACUCUUCCUACUCGCUGGGCGGAUGCUCAGAUCGUCGUAAACGAUGCUGUUCUCGUGCAGCCUCCUUACACCGUAGACAGCAUAAAAGCGCCUGCCGGCAAAGAGCAGAGUGUUGCCCAAGUCCGCAAAAUCAUGGAGCAAUUCUUCCAGCGUAAGAAGGUCGGCAGUGUUCGAGCACCCGUAGCUACACCCAUCGCUCCUCGCAAGGGUGGAUGA